AUGAGUGUCACCGCAGCAGUCACGUCCAACCCUUUUGGCGACGAGUACGCCGAGCUGUUUGCUCCGCUCACCAAGACCAUCGACUGGAACAACCGCAAUCUGCUGUAUCUGCUCAGUAUCCUGAAGCCCGAAGAGGCUGCGGCCAAUGCCCUCGUCUUUAACCCCCCACUUGAGAUCCUAGAAGACCUGACUUACCCCUUCCACCUCCAAAUCUGGAAGAAGGCACCAUGCAUGCUGGUCGCUGAAUCAAGCCGCGGGUGCUUAAGCCCAGAACUCGCCUGUCGCUUCCUUGCCCACAAUCUGCUCUCCAAAAAUGAGCGCAUCGACGCCACUGUCGCCAGAUACAACGCACUGUGGGUCAUCCAUAUUACCGACGUAGCUACAUUGAAGUCUAUGCUCCGCGCUAUGUGCAAGAUGAUCACCAUUGCCGACGACGAAUGGCAGGAACGCCUUGACCAGUUGUGCGGCAUGGUCGGUGGAGACUAUAUCGGUCAGAGUGUGGACCGCCACUGUUCUGUGGAGUUGCGUCUAGAGUACUACUUUCUAAUGACAGGCAAGAUUGCCUUGGAGGACUGGAUUCGAUGCGUGGGUGCUUGUUUGAACAUGGACUCCGACGAGGAGAGGGCGGCGCACGCAGAGAUUUAUGGUGAGGCAGGCAGCUUCAUUGACAGGGCAUUUGAUGAGCUGAUGGGUUAG